UGGUCUGAAUAAUCGGUAAAAAUCGGGUGAAAACCAAAAUCAAAUCAAAUGUCUGUCAAAGUUAUCGGUGGCCGACAACAGCUAACAAAGUGUCCGAAAAAUCAACAAAAAUCCGAGACUACUGUCCGUAUCAAAGCCGCCGCCGAUACUACUAAUCAAUCGGCAAUUGUUGGCCAAAAAUCAUUGCCGAAACAAACAAGUGGUGGCCAGAAGUCGUCGUCGAUGGUCAACAUCGGGUCGACAUUCAAUAUAGACACCAAUACUGUCAUAAUUCCCCAUAACUUCUUCGACUCAAGACAUCAAUUGUCGCCGACAUCGGCCGUCAGGCCAUUGAUUGUCAAGUUUGGACCGAAGAUGAUGGACACCAUUGGCGAUACAAACGGUAGCGAAACUAAUGGUACGGCCGUUACGUCGUCGUCAGCGAAGUCGAAGAAUAGGAUAACGAUAAUCAAACCGAAGACUAUUGACGGCUGCGAUGACGAGGAGGAGGAGGACGACGACGACGACAACAAUCAGCUAAUGUUUACAAAGACGACGACAACAACAACACCGUCGAUGAUGUUGUCGUUGACCGACAAAGUGUUUAAUGAAAGACAAUUAAAGACGUCGUUGUCGUCGACUAAGACAAUAGCUGUCACCACAACCACUGCUGCUGCUGCUGACAGUGUCAACGAUGAUAAUGACAGUCAUAAUCAUCGACAUCGACAUCAGCGACAACAUCAUAGUCGUCAUCGUCAUCAUCAUCAGCGCACUACUGGAUGUACAACAACAGUCAAUACUAGAGGCAAUGGCAUAUCAAUGGCACCAAAAGUGCCGAUUCAUCGGCUUCUGGGUUCGUCUCAUACAACAACCGCCGCCACCACCAGUAGUCGUACUGUUAGUAGUAGUAGUAGUAGUAGUAGUCGUAGUAAAACAUUGCUAAUGAAAAGGCGGAACAAAUUGCCAACAAAAGAGUUGUUGUUGUCUUUGUCAUCAUCGAUGUCGUCAUCGCCGAUGACAUCAUUGAUAUCGUCAUCAACUACUACUACCACUACUACUGCUACUACUACAGCAACACCAGCCGUGACAAAGCAAUUGGUGGUCGCAAAUGAAGUUGAAAAGUCUUUGUCGUCGUUGUCAUCGCUAUACUGGGAGUGCAAUCACUGUAAGAGACAGUUUGUAUCGAAACAGUCACUCAAUGAACACCACAGACUAACACAUCAUCACCAGAAACAACAACAACAACAACAAGCACUGGACAUAAUCACUCAUAGACAGCAUCAGUCCUCCUCCACCACCACCUCCUCCUCAUCAUCAUUGCUGAUAACAGACAUUACUACCACCGGUGCUGCUGCUGAUAGCCAACAACAGUUCCGGUGCCAGUGGCACGACUGUACCCAACAGUUUGAGACAAUGGACGCUUUCAGACUGCACGUCGAAUCGCAUGUCCAUCAAGUAGUUCGGGUGGGAUCGCCAUCAGCCGAUGUAGUGGAAACAUUGUUGUCCGCGUCGUCCUUAUCAGGCGAUGAUGGCCUCAACGGCGGCGGCGGCAGUGCCAGCGAUGACUACGACAUCGAUGAUGAUGAUGUCGAUGACGAUAACCACGAAAUUAUCAAUGAAAUUGUGAUACCAGAGAUUCAAAUAGACUACAAUACUAACGGUGAUAAUAAUGAUGAUGAUGAUGACCACCACCACCACCACCAAGUAGUGGCCGACAAUAAUAAUAGUGAUAACCAUUCAUUGGUGACCAACAACAACAACAAAAAGAGCCGACAAAUUAUACGACAUCGUCGUCGGACUACUACUACUACUACUACUGCCGGUAAUCAUAAUAAUCUAAAGAGUGAUAUAUUAGAUAAUAAGUUACUCAUCAGUGGUGGGGGUAGUGGUAGUAGUAGUAGUGGUAGUAAAUCGUUAUUUUCAUCGUCGGUAACAACACGGCAUUCCUCAUCAUCAUCAUCAAUGGGAGUACCGCUACUACAGUCGGCACUGGCGGCGGCCGCGGCAUCGGCUGCGGUGGUGGCGACAAACCCGCGCAGUUAUAGCUGUCCAGUGGAGGGCUGUUGCGCUGCUUAUACAAAAUCCAGUCAUCUGACCGCCCAUUUGCGCCGACAUACAGGAGAGAAACCGUAUGUCUGUAAUUGGCCCGACUGUGACUGGAGGUUCUCCAGGUCCGAUGAACUGUCCCGACACAAGCGGUCGCAUACGGGCGAGAAGACACACGUUUGUCCGUUUUGUUCAAAAGGAUUUUCCCGAUCCGACCACUUAUCCAAACAUUUUCGGGUCCACAAACUCGAACUGCCCGACGGUCUCGAUGUUAAGCAUUUAAUUAAAAACUCGCGCAAAACAAAAACACCGACAAUAAUAACACCGAUGACAACGACAACACGUUUUUAAAAAAAAAAAAUUAUGUUUUGUUAAACAAAUCAAUCAACAAAAAAAUACAUAAUUUUUAAAACUAUAAUUGAUCUGAA